AGCCCAUCUCACUUUCUCUUCUUUCUUUCUUUUUCAUAUCGGUAGCGUCUUCGUUGCCGUCUACGCCUCUCUCACCAUUCACGCAGUCAAAGACACGUGACCUGGCUACUAGUCUUUUUUUUUUUUUGGAAUUUACAAGUUCAAAAACAUUGAUUAUUUAUUUCUCUCUCUCCACAGAACACGCAGAGGGGAGCAAGAAAUGGAGGAUAGGUCAUGUCAGGUGUUAUUUCCAUCUUCGUCAGUUGAUCAUCGCUUGUCUGGUGAUCAAACUCAGAUCAAAACGUCCUCCUCGUUACAACAGCAUAACACUAACGAAGAAAAGAAACACAAGAGCAAGAAGAAAGAGAGAGAAGCCAGGUUUGCUUUCCAGACAAGAAGUCAGGUUGAUAUUCUGGAUGAUGGAUACAGGUGGAGGAAGUACGGCCAAAAAGCUGUCAAGAACAAUCCAUUCCCCAGGAGCUAUUAUAAGUGCACAGAAAAAGGAUGCAGAGUGAAGAAGCAAGUGCAGAGGCUAUCAGGAGAUGAAGGAGUGGUGGUUACCACUUACCAAGGUGUUCAUACCCACCCCGUCGAUAAACCCUCCGAUAACUUCCACCACAUCUUGACCCAGAUGCACAUCUUCCCUCCCUUUUAGUUUUCCUUUUUUUCUUUCCUUUUUUCUAAUGCAUACCGAUGUAUCUUGGGUGGGUUUGGCUGGCGCAAAAGAAUGCUGCUGAAGCAAGCUUUCAGACCAAAGCCCUUUAUACUUUAUUAAACUGGGCAAUCGUGAAUUAUACACACA